UGGGGCAUUGGGGUUGGGGGGUGGCCAAUGCGCAUAAAAAAGAGGGAGGGCACUCUGUACUCUGUAGUCUGUAAUCACGCUGGUUAGCUUUUUCUCCUCCUCCUGAUAGAAACAUAAUCAAUCAUCCACGCGUGAAAACUGAAACCUCUCCUCUGCUCCGUUACCCAAGAAGAAGAAGAAACACACCCUUCCCCUUCUUCUUUUUCUUCGGCCUUCCCGCUUCUCACUUCCCCUGUUCCCCAACUUCACGUUCGUCUCUGCCGUUUCGACCGCUUCCCAUCCGGCCGCCAUGUCUAUGGUGGAGGUUAGAGUUCCCAACCUCGACUGCGAAGGCUGCGCUUCCAAGCUCAGGAAAGCUCUGCUCAAGCUCAAAGGCGUAGAAGAAGUAGAAGUGGAAAUGGAGAAUCAGAAGGUGACGGUGAGAGGAUAUUCGUUGGAAGAGAAGAAGGUUUUGAAGGCAAUCAAACGCGCCGGCAAAGCAGCGGAACCUUGGCCGUUCCCGGGAUACGCGCACUUCUCGUCGUUCUACAAGUACCCGACCUACAUCGUCAACCAUUACUACGACCCUUACAAGAACGUCGGCAGCAACAGCAGCGUCCACACUUUCUUCCAGACUCCGGCGGUCUACUCCGUCGCGGUAGCCUCCGACGAGGCCGUCGCCUCGCUCUUCAGCGACGACAAUCCCCAUGCCUGCUCCAUCAUGUGACACGCUGAGAAGCUUUGCCAGUAAUUCCUUUCUUGUUUCACCUCCAUCUCUAUUCGUUGUAACCGUUGCGAUUUUUGUAUCGUAUCAUUCGUUUGUCUCAAUGUUGCUGCGAUUCCGGUAUCCGGAGCUAAUUAUUUUAUGUUUGUUAUUGAAAAAAAUUGUUUUUGUGGCAGGAGCAGAGAAGUUAAAGAUUGAAUGAACUAUGUGAUAUCAAAUUAGGUGCUAGAGGCUUUUCGUGUUGAUUUAUGUUUAGGGAAACUGUUGAAUCCAGUUGUUUAUAGCAAAAGUUAUCCGGGGCAGCUUUGAAAAUUGAGUUGAUCUUUUACUCUUUCAAUUUCACUGUUGAAACUUGGUGAUCAGGGGAGUGAUUGCGUUUUCUUUAUGGGAGAACUGGCCAGCUUUGGG